CCAUGAUUCCUGGAGAAGACGCGAUACACAGCUCCAUUGCCGGGAGCUCGCGUCGAAGAAUGCUUUCCAUGUGGACAUUGUAUCUCACAUCAUUUAUUGGUGCUACUGGCUAUUCAAUCAUCAUGUCAUCAGGCUACCCAUAUCUGCAGCAACUCGACUCAGAAGCUACCACCCAAUUGUACGGCUUGGUUGUCGCCUCUUUCAGCCUCGGCCAGUUCAUUGGCUCUCCUCUGAUGGGCAUAGCAUCAAACUCAAUAGGAUACAUGUUGCCAUUCCAGCUAUGUCUCGUUCUCAUUUGCAUUGGCCAUGCAGUUUAUGGAUACUUGGAAGGCUUGCCUUCAAAUACAGCUCCAUACGUGAUGGUAGCUGCACGCUUUAUCACCGGAGUGGGAUCUGGUAACAUCGCAAUUGUACGCUCUUUCGCAUCUGUGACGACUACAGUAGAAGAACGGACAGCUGUGCUCACGAACAUUUCAGCUGCCCAAGCACUUGGCUUUAUUUUUGGACCAUUACUUCAGACGUUGUUCGUGCCCAUAGGAGACUCAGGACUCACCCUCAAGUAUGUCAACAUCACCAUAUCAAUGUACACUGCACCCGCAUUCCUCUCAUCUACUCUAGCCUUCCUCAACCUCUGCAUGUUUUGGGCAUUCUUCACUGACGCUACCACUGUCUCUUCACGUGGCAUAUACAGAAGAAGACCUCGAACAAUUACAAUACACGAAUACACGCCAGCCAAUCAUAAUCGAGACAGUAUGACUAUAUCCGACACUCAGCAACAAGUGUCAUCAGUUUCCGGCAACAAUAACGUCUAUUUGAGUGACGAGAACACUAGUAGAUCGCUUGUAGUGAACAGCUAUGCGAGAAUUAACGGAGAUAAUAUUAGAAGCAAUCUUGUAGAUGUAGAUUCUGUCAGUGAGCGGGAAUUGGCGCGGGAGAAUUUGACGAGUGACCGAGUCAGACUCGUGACUGUGAGUCGUGACAACGAUAGAGAUAACUUCGCUUUGGUUUUGUCUGUUUAUCUAUGGGUUGUGGUGCUGACGACGUUUUCAUUCUACGAAACUCUGGUGACUCCAAUUCUGGAAGUGAUGUGUGCGUGGACUGCUGAGAAGUCCACACUUGCAGCCAGCAUUCUGCUCGGAGGCUGCAGCAUAGUCACCAUCCUCUCUAUGAUUGCCGUCAAGGUCAUCACUGCUAGGUUUAAAGAGAGACAUGUUCUAUUUUGCGCCAUGGUGCUUCUCAUGCUUUCAUUUGUAGCAGUCAUGCCUUACAGCUCAGACCAUCCUAAGGUUUACUACCCAGACGAAAACACGAGUUCAACCCUUGCUCCGAAAGACAGAAAGGGUUGUGACUCCACGAAGUACGACUGGUGUGAGGAAGUACACGAGAUCUACUUGUACCAGUUCGUCAUAUCAGCUGUUAUAAAUUGCAUGGGAUACGCCGUAGCCACUGUGCUUGUGGCAACGAUAUUCUCAAAGAUUGUCGGACCUUUUCCACAAGGAUUUCUGCAAGGAAUCCUCACAGCUGCCGGAUCUCUGGCACGUGCUCUGGGACCCCUUCUAGUGACCCAACUGUUCGACCACUAUGGACCCAUGGCAGCCUACCUCUCUCAAGCAGCUAGUGUUGGAGUAGCUACGACGGUUGUGUUCGUCUUUAACCGGAAAUUCAUCCAGCAUAUUGUAACGCGCGAAUUCGGUGUCAGUUACUGAUGGUAGUGAUGAUGAUUACGUCAUAUCGCAUUACUUCGCUCUAUUCUUUGUAUCGUUUACUGCUUAGAUAAUCAAUUGCUCAAAUGCAAGAAAUUGAAAAGGUGACAUUGAAGAAUUGAAACUUAGCAAAAUUGGUACAAAUUGUA